AGACGAUAUAAUGCGAGACCCUCAAUGAUUUCUGUCAGCAUUCGAAUCUGGAAGCACCCGUUGAUAAGAUAAAAUGAAGUUCGUCAUCCUACUGGUCCUGUCCGUGGUCAUUUGCAGUGUUGCCACUGAAAGAACCAUCAAGAGAGAGGAAGAUGUGACCCAGGAAGAGUCCGAAGAGGUCGCCAAGAGAUUGUUUUUCAAGAAUUUCGUGAAGAGCCACUGGAAGGAAGCAGCCAAGGCUGGUCUUAAAUUGGCUAGUAAAGCCCUUGAAAAGAGAGGCGAGGAUGUGACAAAGGAAGAGUCCGAAGAGGUCGCCAAGAGGUUGUUUUUCAAGAAUUUCGUGAAGAGCCACUGGAAGGAAGCAGCCAAGGCUGGUCUUAAAUUGGCUAGUAAAGCCCUUGAAAAGAGAGGCGAGGAUGUGACAAAGGAAGAGUCCGAAGAGGUCGCCAAGAGAUUAUUUUUCAAGAAUUUCGUGAAGAGCCACUGGAAGGAAGCAGCCAAGGCUGGUCUUAAAUUGGCUAGUAAAGCCCUUGAAAAGAGAGGCGAGGAUGUGACAAAGGAAGAGUCCGAAGAGGUCGCCAAGAGGUUGUUUUUCAAGAAUUUCGUGAAGAGCCACUGGAAGGAAGCAGCCAAGGCUGGUCUUAAAUUGGCUAGUAAAGCCCUUGAAAAGAGAGGCGAGGAUGUGACAAAGGAAGAGUCCGAAGAGGUCGCCAAGAGGUUGUUUUUCAAGAACUUCGUGAAGAACCACUGGAAGGAAGCAGCCAAGGCUGGUCUUAAACUGGCUAGUAAAGCCCUUGAAAAGAGAGGCGAUGAUGUGACCAAGAAUUAGAAGGUUAUUGUAAAGGAAAGUAGAAUGGCAGGUGUCAUAUGAAAAAGAUGCGAGUAGGUACUUCCCGUAUUCCUAUGUAAUGGCUAGUCUUCAUUCCAUCUGAAGAUUGAAAUAAAAUCAUCACUGCUUUGA